CUCUCUCCCUCUUCUUUCCGUCGCGACCCUGCUGACGUAGCAGCGGUAUUUAGUUCUGCGCGAGCUUGCGCGUCUGGCGGCGUCACCAUUCUGGGAGAGGUGAUUGCUUUCAGUCUAGGUCGGGCUCAGUUGGGUUCCUUCUCUCGGCUCCGGCUGCCGAGAAGGGCGCUGGAGCCCGGGCGCUUGCCGGGCCGCCACCAUGAUGAGGCGCAGCAGGGCGGAAGUCGACCGCUAUGUUUCCUCCUUGCAGGCCUCGGCCCCUUCGCCUAAGGAGAAAUCCAUGAAAGGAUUCUUUUUUGCUAAGCUAUAUUAUGAAGCAAAGGAGUAUGAACUUGCUAAAAGGUAUAUAUCUACAUAUCUCACUGUCCAAGAAAGAGAUCCCAAAGCACACAAAUUCUUGGGACAAUUGUAUGAAGCUGAAAAUAAUAUUGAAAAAGCAGUAGGCUGUUAUAAACGUUCAGUGGAAUUGAAUCCAACACAGAAAGAUCUUGUAUUGAAGAUUGCGGAACUGUUAUGUAGCAAUGAUAUUACUGAUGGAAGAGCAAAAUAUUGGGUUGAGAGGGCAGCCAAACUUUUUCCUGGAAGUCCUUCAAUUUUCCGGUUGAAGGAAAGCCUCUUGGAUUGUAGAAGUGAAAAUGGAUGGAACCAACUUUUUGACUUGAUUCAGACAGAAUUAUACAGUAGACCAAAUGAUGUAUAUGUUAAUAUCAGAUUAGUAAAAUUAUACCUAUCAAAUAACAGGCUUGGCGAUGCUGUGGCACAUUGCCAGGAAGCAGAGAAUAAAAUAUCCUUACGGUCAAAUUUGGAAUGGUGUUCCUGUGUUGUUCAAACAUUUAAGGAAUAUCUGGAAUCUGUAGAGGACUCUGAAUCAGAUAAAAUUAGUUGGAGAAAGAUUCAAAGGGAUCUUUUACUGGCAUACUGUAAUUUGGUAGUAAUGAAACUUUCUGCUAGAGAUGUAGAAGAAAGUAGAUCAUCGCUUGAAAGCUUUGAUCAUACACUUCAUUUGGUAAAAUCACAUGCAGAUGGAAGUGAUGAACUUUCUGUCACUUUCCUGGAGAUGAGAGGACAUUUCUAUAUGCAUGCUGGAACUCUGCUGCUGAAAAUGGCCCAGCAGAGUGAGAUGCAAUGGAGAGCUGUUUCUGAACUGGCAGCUUUGUGUUAUCUUCACGCUUUUCAGGUUCCAAGACCAAAAUCAAAAUUAAUAAAAGGAGAUCAUGCUGAACAAGAAAAGUUGGAAAUAUUAGCCUGUGACCGACAGAGCCAGUCUGGCUAUAUGCUCUUAAACCUAAGCUAUGGCAAACAGGAUUUUUUAACAGAGGUCGUUGAGUCAUUUGCAAAUGAGAGUGGACACACUGCUUUAUUUUAUGCUCUUUUUGGGGAUGCUUCCUCUAAAGAGAACUCAUUUCUCAGCACAGACGAUAUUAAAAAUGUUGGUGUACAGGCUCCAGAAUGCGUAGAACUAGCUAGAUAUGAUAUUGGUGCCAUUAGAGCACAUGAUGGUAGUCUCCAGCACAUCACGUGGCUUGGUCUGCAGUGGAAUUCUACACCAGCUCUGCCAGCCAUUCGUAAAUGCCUAAAACAACUUUUCCAUUUGCCCCAGGAGACAUCAAGACUUGAAACCAAUGCUCCUGAAUCCAUCUGUAUGCUGGAUCUUGAAGUGUUUCUACUUGGGGUAAUAUUUACCAGUAACUUGCAAUUACAAGAGAAGUUUAAUACUAAGUACACUGUACAUCAGCCUCGAUUCCUGCCACUGCCAAUAUGCAAGCAACUUUGUACUGAAAGACAAAGAGCCUGGUGGGAUGCAGUUUAUACACUCAUUCAUAAGCAAGCAGUACCUGGAACAGCAGCAAAAGUAAGACUUCUGGUUCAACAUGAAUUGAACAUCCUCAGGGCCUUAGGAAAACAUGGUCUUCAACCAUCUCUUAUAGUGCACUGGGCAAAAAGUCUCCUUAAAACAGGCUGCAGUCUCAAUUCUUUCUAUGAUCAGAGAGAAUACAUUGGACGAAGUGUUUAUUAUUGGAAGAAAGUUUUGCCAAUGCUUGAGACAAUAAAGAAAAAGAGGAGUAUUUCUGAACCUAUUGACCCAUUGUUCAAACAUUUUCAUAGUGAAGAUAUUCAGCUUUCACAGGUUGAAGAAUACCAAGAAGAAGCACGUAUAGCAUUUGCUAUUUUGGAUGCUGUUGAUGGUAAAACAGAUGAUGCGACACAUGCAUUUGAAGCUAUUAAAAAUGUUGUUGCAUAUUGGAAUCUUGCUUUGAUUUUCCAGAGGAAAGCUGAAGAGAUAGAAAAUGAUGGUCUGUCACCAGAAGAACAAGAAGAAGGCAGGAAUUAUUUGAAAAGAAGCAGGGAUUAUCUCCUAAAGAUAAUUGAUGAGAGCUGCAUGGAUUCAUCUGUCGUUGAAAAGUUACCUGUAUCCAUCAGGACAGUUAAGGAGAUGCUGGAAGGCAUAAUGCAGGAUCUUGGAGACAAUGGAGAAGAAAGGAGUCUUGUGAAUAAUUUGAGCCACCUUGUGGAAUCAGAAGUGAAACAUUCUACACCAUCACCCACAACAUUUUCAUUAUCUCCAAGUAAAAGUUACAAGUUCUCCCCCAAAACUCCCCCUCGCUGGGUCGAGGAUCAGAAGUCUUUGCUGCAGAUGAUUUGUCAGCAAGUGGAGUCCAUUAAGCAUGAAAUGCAAGAAAUGAAACUUAACAACUCUAACACAAAUCUGUCUAAUCGGUGGCCAGCUGAAAGCUAUGCAACAGAGACAAUGCCAGAUGGGUACCAGGGAGCACAAAACUUUCAUGGAGCACCAUUAACUGUUGCUACUACAGGACCGUCAGUCUAUUACAACCCAUCACCGGCAUAUAAUUCUCAGUAUCUUCUACGACCAGCAGCAACCAACGUGACUCCCACAAAGGCUCCUGUGUAUGCCAUGAAUAGACUUACACCCCAGCAACAUAUAUAUACAUAUCAACAGCCCAUGCAUACUCCUCCACUGCAGAAUACAUCUGCUUGUAUGUUUUCACAAGAUAUGUAUGGUGCACCACUGCGUUUUGAUUCUUCUGGAACUGGAAUUUUAUCUCCACGAGGCAAUGAAGACUACUACAAUUAUAGUGUGCCACCAACAAGCACGAAUCCACCCCUCCCCGAACCAGGCUACUUUACAAAACCUUCCACAGCACCUCCUGUUUCCAGAUCUGCAGAAACAAAGGUGAUAGAAUUUGGGAAGUCAAACUUUGGACAGCCUCCUGUAUCAGCAGAUGGAACAAAACCUUCAUUAAUAACUUCUACCCAGCCAACCACUUUUAAAUUUAAUUCUAAUUUCAAAUCUAAUGAUGGAGAUUUCACUUUUUCAUCGCCUCAAGUUGUAGGACAGCCCCAUAAUGCAAACUACAACAACAGUGACAGCUUGUUGGGUCUUUUGACAUCAGAUAAACCCAUCAAAGAGGAUCGAUACUCAGGACAGCGCAACAUAUUCAGUUUUGGUGGCAAAAAUUCUUCUGGUGUUUCAUUAACAGAUAAAAUGGGACAUACUCAAUCGAAGCCCUCUGGAUUUGGCAAGGAUGAUAUGUUUGGGUGUCAAGAACCUGGCAAGCCUGUAUUUGGGACGCCAAACUUAGGUGGAGCAAACAGAAGUCAUGAAACAGAUGGUGGCAGUGUCCAUGGUGGGGGUGAUGAAGAAGAUGAUGGUCCUCAUUUUGAACCUGUUGUCCCUCUGCCUGACAAGAUUGAAGUAAAAACAGGUGAAGAAGAUGAAGAAGAGAUCUUCUGUAACAGAGCAAAACUUUUCCGUUUUGACAGCGAAUGCCGAGAAUGGAAAGAAAGAGGCGUUGGUAAUGUCAAAAUUCUGAGGCAUAAAAUAACAGGCAAAAUUCGACUACUUAUGAGACGAGAACAGGUGCUAAAAAUUUGUGCAAAUCAUUAUAUAAAUCCUGAUAUGACUUUGAAACCAAAUGCUGGGUCGGACAAAUCUUUUGUAUGGCAUGCUUUGGACUAUGCAGAUGAAUUGCCAAAACCUGAACAACUUGCCAUUAGAUUUAAAACUCCAGAAGAAGCAAUCCUUUUCAAGCAUAAAUUUCAGGAAGCACAAAAUAGUUUGAAAGGUGCUGGAUCAGACCAUGAUCGGCAAGUGGUUCCGAACAUUAGGUCAUCAAGAGAAACUGCUACACAGGAUAGGAAAGAGCCUGGUAAAGCUGAAACUGGAUUCCUGAAUUCUGGAUUUCACUUCAAGAGCGGCGGGACCUCCUUCAGUGGUAGCUCUCAGGUUCCUAAUCCUGACAUUAACAACACAGCAAAAAAUACCAAUGCUAGGAACACUUUCUCAGUUACAUCAGGUGGAACUACACCAACAUCCUUUUCAUUUAGGAAAGAUGUUUCUGGAACACACACAACGUAUGGCUUUGGAGAGCAGUUCAUGUUGAAGAAAGACCAGUGGGAAUGUAGCACGUGUUUAGUUAGGAAUAAAAUGACCUCACAAAUGUGUGUAGCAUGCCUGUCUCCAAACCCAUCUAAUUGGGAAGCCCAGGCUAUACUUCCAGAAGAAUCAUCCGCAUCUUUAAAGCCUGGCAGUGAAGGAGCACAGAAUACGUUUGGACCCAUUUCUACUACCGUGGAGAACCAAUGGGAAUGCAAGAAUUGUUCUCGAGAAAAUGAAGCAAGUGCUUCUCAUUGUAUUAGCUGCAAGAAUCCCAGUGGAAUCAGCACUACAACGUUUGGUUCACAAACCACAUUCAAAUUUGGCCAAACAGAUACUUCAAAAGUUCCACAGAGUGGCUUUGGGGCUGCUUUUAUGAAGAAGGAAGGACAGUGGGACUGUGGUAUAUGUUUAGUACGAAAUGAAGGCUCUUUGUUAACUUGUGCAGCUUGUCAGGCUCCAAAUCCUUCUUGUGAUGCUACCCCUCUGUCUGCUAAUGGCCCACCAGCUGCUUUUGGCUUCAAGAGCAAGUUAUCUGAAUCUGCUGGCAAACCACAAGAGACAGGUUUUAAAUGUGAAAUAUCAGGCAAGACUUUUAAAUUUGGCUUUCCCACAGAGCAAGAAAAGUCUCCAUUCCAGGUUCCUGCUGCUACUGAGCCAAAGGCUCUAAAGGGAGGGUUUAAUUUUUCAAUGCCUAUCCCACCAGGAGAAUUUAAAUUUGGUAUUCAGGACGCUAGUAAAGAGGUUGCAAAUGCUGAACAAAAUAAAGAAGUUAAUGUCUUUAAAAGUAUUGAUGAGAAAGAGAAUAUCAGUGAGAAAGAGACUGAAACACAGUUGCCCAGUGCAUGUAGCAAACCAAGCAGUGAUUUAGUUUUUGGUCAUCAGAGCAAUACUUUCACUUUUGCUGAUCUUGCCAAAUCAGGUGAAGGAUUUAAGUUUGGUCAAAAAGAUCCUAAUUUUAAGGGCUUCACAGGUGCAGGUGAAAAACUCUUUUCUUCUCAGAUUUCCAAAAUGUCUUCCAAGCUAAAUACUUCUGCUGACCUUGAAAAAGAUGAUGAUGCAUAUAAAACGGAAGAUAGUGACGAUAUUCAUUUUGAACCUGUUGUUCAGAUGCCUGAAAAAGUGGAACUUGUGACAGGAGAAGAGGAUGAGAAGGUACUGUAUUCACAAAGAGUGAAACUGUUCAGGUUUGAUGCAGAAAUUAAGCAGUGGAAAGAGCGUGGCGUGGGGAACUUGAAAAUCCUUAAGAAUGAAGUUAAUGGUAAACUCCGGAUGCUCAUGAGGCGUGAACAAGUAUUGAAGGUUUGUGCAAAUCACUGGAUCACAACUACUAUGAAUCUGAAACCUCUCUCUGGCUCAGACAAAGCAUGGAUGUGGCUGGCUAAUGACUUCUCUGACGGGGAUGCAAAGCUGGAGCAAUUGGCAGCUAAAUUUAAAUCUUCAGAACAGGCUGAGGAAUUCAGACUGAAAUUUGAAGAAUGUCAAAGACUGUUGCUGGAUAUACCACUUCAAACCCCACACAAACUUGUAGAUACUGGAAAGACAGCUGAGCUGAUACAAAAAGCAGAAGAAAUGAAAAGUGGGUUGAAAGAUCUCAAAACCUUCCUUACAGAUGAUAAAACUAAACUCACAGACGAAGAGAAAACUUUAGUGUCUUCCUCUAACAGUUCUGAUCUAGUUAUAAAGCCACACGCUGAAAGUACUGGACCUACAUUAGAGUGGGACAACUACGACUUGCGUGGAGAAGCUCUGGAUGAUAGCACUGACAGUUCAGUGUAUUCAAUGCCUCGGGCAAGUAGCCCUGUGAGGAAACAUCUAUUUAGAUUUGGAGAGUCUACCACAGGAUUUAACUUCAGUUUCAAAUCCGCAUUAAGUCCUUCAAAAUCUCCUUCCAAACAGAAUCAGAGUAGGAUUUCUGUUGGUACAGAUGAAGAGUCUGAUGUCACCCAAGAAGAUGAAAGAGAUGGUCCAUAUUUUGAACCAGUUGUACCAUUACCUGACCUUGUGGAAGUAACAAGUGGUGAAGAAAAUGAGCAAGUAGUCUUUAGUCACCGAGCUAAACUAUAUAGAUAUGAUAAAGAUGCUCACCAAUGGAAAGAGAGGGGCAUUGGGGAUAUAAAGAUCUUACAGAACUAUGACACUAAGCAGGUUCGUGUAGUUAUGAGAAGGGAUCAGGUGUUAAAGCUUUGUGCCAACCAUAGAAUAACCCCCAAUAUGAACAUCCAGCAAAUGAAAGGUGCAGAACGAGCCUGGGUGUGGACUGCAUGUGACUUUGCCGAAGGGGAAAGAAAGAUGGAGCUCUUUGCUGUGCGGUUUAAACUUCAGGAUGUUGCUGAUUCAUUUAAGAACAUUUUUGAGGAAGCAAAACAUGCUCAAGAAAAAGACCUAUUAAUCACACCACUCUCUUCCCGUACUAACACCCCAAAAGAAUCUCCUUGUGGAAAGAUUGCUGUUGCAGUAUUGGAAGAAACCACCAGGGAGAGAACGGAUUUAAAGGAGGCUGAAGAAACAGUUGUUGAAGCUGCAGAGACUUCAGUAGUUGAGGGCACAGCUGAGAUACCAACGAAAGCUGUUGUUUCCCCUCCUAAAUUUGUGUUUGGCUCGGAGUCUGUUAAAACUAUAUUUAAUAACAAAAAAUCAAAACCUUUUACAUUUGGAAACACAUCAGCAACAGGAUCACUCUUUGGUUUCAGUUUUAAUGCCCCUCCCAAGAGCAAAAGUGAUGAUUCAGUGUGUCAGACCAUGAAUGCAAAAAAAUCAGAUAGCUCAGAGGAUGCUAUUGCUUGCAGACAUGCAGAACACCAAGAGAACAGUAAUGCUGCUAAUUGGAAACCCCCAGAAGGCCAAGGAGAAACCCCAGUGGCUACCUCAAAAGCAGAUGCGGUUUCUAACUUUUCAUUCAAAAUACUAGAAAAAGGAUUUAAUUUUAGUCUUUUUAAAUCUAACCCAAUGGCCUUUUGGACGAGUUCAUCCCCCUCUCAAUCCACCAGUGAAGUUGAGAUUAAGAAGGAACCAAAUACAAUCCCAUCAGAUGAUGUAUUGGUCGUGUAUGAGUUAACACCAACCCCUGAUCAAAGAGCUCUUGCAGAAUCCCUUAAAUUACCCCCAACAUUCUUCUGCUAUAAGAAUAAACCUGGGUAUCUGAGUGAAGAUGAAGAUGAUGAAGACUAUGAAACAGCUGUCAGAAGGCUUAAUGGAAAAUUGUAUUUAGAAGAACCUAAAGAGAAUUCAGAAAUAACAAAUACAAGUGCUGUGGAACAUAUUGAUCCAGAGACUAGGAAUGAAACUAUUAUUGUUUGGGAAAAGAAACCAACUCCUAAGGAAAAAGCUAAAGCAGAAGCUCUAAAGUUUCCCCCAACUUUUCUCUGUGGUAUUAACAGUGACACUGAUGAAGACAAUGACAACUUAGAAGACUUUGAGACAGAACUUAGGAAAACUCAAGAAACAAAAGAAUCUCAGGCAGAAGAAAUAACUACUUCAACUGACAAUGUGUGCUCCGGUAAGGAAGGAGGACCAGAUAUAGCCUGCAGUAUUACUAAAACAUCAGAUUCUACAACCAAUCCUAUGCAUACUACAUGGGAUACAUUAAGAACAGGUGGCAACUCUAUUCCUGAAACUACACAAAGCUUUCAGAAUUUAUUAGAAACAGAUGACAAACCUGUUGAUUUAUCAACUAAGAAGGAAAAUGAUUCCAGUUCGGAAGCCUCUGUAAAUCAAGAGAAUAAUCCUUUUUCCUUUGAUAAUGUAUCGAGUGUGUCAUUUGCUGAUCUGGCUUCAAGCAAUUCUGGGGAUUUUGCUUUUGGUUCUAAAGACAAAAACUUUAAGUGGGCAAAUACAGGAGCAGCUGUAUUUGGAGUACAAGCAGCCGCUAAAGGAGAAUGUGAUGAUGAUGCAAGUGAUGAAGAAGUGGUACACAGUGAUGAUAUUCAAUUUGAACCAAUAGUCUCACUGCCAGAGGUUGAAGUAAAAUCUGGAGAAGAAGAUGAAGAAAUUAUUUUCAAAGAAAGGGCAAAACUAUACAGAUGGGACAGAGAAGUCAAUCAGUGGAAAGAGCGUGGUGUUGGAGAAAUAAAGAUUCUAUUCCAUACGCAAAAGAAGUGUUACCGAAUUUUAAUGAGAAGGGAUCAAGUUCUCAAAGUCUGUGCAAACCACAUAAUCACAAAAACAAUAGACUUAAAACCCUUGAAUUCUUCAAACAAUGCUAUGGUUUGGACUGUAACGGAUUAUGCUGAUGGUGAAGCAAAAAUAGAACAACUUGCAGUUAGAUUUAAAACCCAAGAACUGGCUGAUACCUUCAAGAGGAGAUUUGAAGAGUGUCAGCUGAUUUUGUCGGAAGAACAGAAGGAACAUGUAUCUCUUGCAGCAAAAUUUUCAAAGGAAUCUAACCCUGUAGUAUACCUUGAAAUUUCUGUUGAUGAUGAAUCUCUAGGGCAUGUAACAAUAGAAUUGUUUUCCAAUAUUGUUCCUCGAACCGCUGAGAACUUCAGAGCAUUGUGCACAGGAGAAAAAGGAUUUGGAUUCCAAAACUCUAGAUUUCACAGAAUAAUUCCAGAUUUUGUCUGUCAGGGAGGUGAUAUCACUAAGCAUGAUGGCACAGGGGGACAGUCCAUCUAUGGAAAUUCAUUUGAAGAUGAAAAUUUUGAAAUAAAACACACUGGUCCUGGCCUAUUGUCAAUGGCAAAUUGUGGCAGAGAUACCAACAAUUCUCAAUUCUUUAUUACUCUCAAAAAGGCAGAACAGUUGGACUUUAAACAUGUUGUCUUUGGGUUUGUAAAGGAUGGGAUGGAUAUAGUGAAAAAAAUAGAAUCUUUUGGCUCUCCCAAAGGAAUAGUGUCAAAAAGAAUUGUGAUUACAGAUUGUGGGCAAAAAUAAAAUGAUUCUGCUGACAUUUGGAGAUUAAACAUAAGCCUGCAGCAAAUUUAGACAAGAUUAUGUUCAGGGUUUUUUGUUUGUUUAAAAAAUGAACAACUUCUGAUGUAUAAAUGUAAAGUUACAGCUCAUAGCUGAGUACUUUUUAAAAUGUGUUUCAAUUGCCUGCAUGUUGUGAAAUAAACGUUCAAACACUAGUCUAUUUCAGGUGUACUUUUGUUUCCUCCUGAUUUUGUAUUAAAUAAUUUAAAAUAAAAUCCCAGGUGUCUGGA